AACGUCACCGCGCUUAUGUUGAUUGGCGUUGACGUCAUAGUAUCGCGAGUGGAGCGUUGUGAUGUUGCUGAAAGUGUCCGGCAGGAGCCAAGGUGCUCGACAUUAACGUCGCUGCGGGACUUUUAAACAGCGUUCCGGGUGUGCUGGCUGUGUUAAGACAAUCGCGACUGUUGGGCGGUGAUCUGAUUUACCAGCUUGCCACUAGACCAUCAUGAGGAUAGCAGCAAGGUCUGCCCCAGACACAGUGGCACAUCCAACUACUAAAGCCCCAAGAUACAGAUGUGGUAUUUCUAAAGUGUGCCCAGAGAAACAUUUUGCUUUUAAAAUUGCAAGUGGUGCUGCAAAUGUUGUUGGACCGAAGAUUUGUGUGGAUGAUAAUAUUUUAAUGAGUGGUGUCAAGAAUAAUGUUGGCCGUGGGAUCAACACUGCACUGGUAAAUGGAAAAACAGGUGCAUUGAUAGAGACAACAUAUCAUGACCUUUGGGGUGGAGAGGUUGGCCCAUUUAUUGAAUUUCUUAAGAAGAUUCCAGAUGGAACUAUAGUUUUAAUGGCAACGUAUGAUGAUGGAGCAACAAAGCUUAAUGAUGAUGCACGGAAACGGAUAGCUGAGCUUGGGAGUUCAUUAAUCAGUGUCUUAGCUUUUAGAGACAACUGGGUUUUUGUUGGUGGAAAGGGAAUAAAAACAAAAAGUCCAUUUGAACAGCACAUAAAGAAUAAUAAGGACACAAACAAAUAUGAAGGCUGGCCAGAAGUUGUGGAAAUGGAAGGCUGUAUUCCUCAGAAAAUUAAUGAGUGACCAUUUCAUAAAGCUUGAAAAUAAAGGAUGUCAAAAUAGAUCUAUCACAAGUUGUUUUCAAAUCUAACAUUCCCUUACAGUCCUCCCAAGAACGUACAUAAAUUAAGAGAUGACUGAUCAUUGAGCUACUACUUUGUGUCUUAGUAUGGACAGCUCAAUAUGCACUCAAAUGCACUGCUGACGGAAUAAGGGAAAGUAUAUAAACCAUUGGUCUAGUUUUUGUAAAAAAGUGUAAAUAUUUUGAACUGGAUCAUCUGUCAUUGUGAGCAUGAUUAAGGGAUUUAUUUAUUGUUAACAUAAAAAUAUUUUUGUAUAAAGACUUUGAAACUAAUGAAUCUUCCUUUGCAGGACUAAAGCUUUUAAAAUAUAAUAGGCUUUAUCCAUUAACAAACUGUAUAGCAGAAGGAGUUGUGCUAUUGCAAAGGUGUUACAUAGUCUGUUCCGCCGUUAAUACAUGCUCUCCACUUUAGGGCUUAUUCUUUGCAAUGAACUGAAUUCCACCAAAGACUUAGAAACUAAUUAUCCCUUGUAGUUUUCUUUGGUAACUAGUUGUAUGACAUAUGUAAGUGUGGGAACAUUUGUCUUGACUAUCUGCCAUUUUAGGGGUAGAUUGUUUGAUUUAAAAAAUAUAUGCAAUAUAUAAAAAUAAAUCAGUGGCAUUAUUGACAUAGGUUAAGAGAUCUUGAUUACUUUAUCUUGGUGGAUAGCUAGAUUUAGAAUUUCAAGUGUCCUUUUUGGGUUUAACCUUUUUUUUUUUUUUUUUUGACGAGGAGUACUUUUUAAUGGCAAUUACUUCGAAUUAUGCUUUUUUGCAGUCUUGCACAAAAAUCUUCUUGUAUGUGUUAUUGGGUAUGGGACCUGUUAUGCGGAAACCCGUCAUCCAGAAAGUUCCAAAUUACAGGAAGGCCAUCUACCAUAGACUCCAUUUUAAGGAAAUCACAUUUAAAAAAAAUUUCCUUUUUCUCUGUAAUAAUAAAACAGUACAUUGUACUUGAUUCUAACUAAGAUAUAAUUAAUCCUUAUUGGAAUCAAAACAAUCCUAUUGGGUUUAUUCAAAGUUUAAAUCAUUUUUUUAGCAGACUUAAGGUAUCCAAAUUACAGAAAGACCCCUUAUCCGGAAAACCCCAGUUCCUGAACAUUCUGAAUAACCGGUCUUAUACCUGUAAUAUAUGGAAUAUUUUCAGUACACCAUUGUAAUGUUUUUCAGAAUUGUUUGUAUAUAUAAUAUACAUUUCCAUGACUGUUUUAUAUUACCAAGUGAACCUGUGGCUCUUCUUUACUACACUGCACCAGCGGAUGGCCUAACUAUAUGGGAUCUGGUAUUAGGCAGAGGAUACUGAAGAUAUAGAGAAGUGCAACGCCUUAUAUUAGUAGCCACUUCAAGCAAAAACUUUCACCCCCCCCCCGCAUAUAGUUUACUUGCUGCUGAAAUGCUUCAUUUGGACUAGCACUGAUAAUGUUUAUUUCAUAAUGAAAAUGCAAUGUUGUAAUAUGCUAGCAGCUGUAUUAUAGCGAAUCAGUUAUGUCACUUAUUUUCUAUGUCCGAGAUGUGCAACUUGUAUAUGACUUAUAGCUCCGUGCCAGUCAGGGGGACCCACAUGUUAUCAUCCCUAGGUUAGGUUAUUUGUGAUAAAGACUGAAUUGAUUGCUAUUUCUAACUAUGCUUGGAAGAUUUUUUAAUAAAAAAUCUCCUCUUUAGACAAUAUUCUUUAGUUCUAAAUGUGACAUACUAUUGAAUACUUAGAUGUAAAUAUUUGCCAUUAUGGAAAAAUGCAUUAAAUUUAAUUUAAAUAAAGGACCAGUAACACCAAAAAUAAAAUAUAUUAAUUUCACUUAAUAUAGCAUUUUUCUCUUCACUUGUAAAAAUAAUUUAUUUUUUAUGCAAAAAACCUGCCAAGCAGAAAAACAUAUAAUUUUUUUCAACCCUUUUAACACCGUCAGCACCCACAUAAGAAAAGAAAAGAUCUGUGCUGUGCCAAUGUUUACAUGCUAGCUCUGCAGAGAGUAUUUUGUUUUCCAUGGACAGGUUUUGGCAAUUAAAGCUUGUUGGGUACUAGGUGACACACUUUUUAUUUUUUUGCAAAAACACCUUCAUGGGAAAAAAAAUACUCAAGGGUUUUGCAAAAUUGGAUCAGGAAAAAUGAAAGCAAGGAACUGCUUAAAGCUAACAUUGGAUGAUAAAUAUGCCCCUAACUGUAAGCAUUGAUUAUCUGUUAAUUAGAGGGUUGGGCAGAUAUGGAGAGUGGAUCUUUGAUGUAAUGUACACAAAUGAAAUGUUCUUUAUCUUAAAUAUUCCCUACAAUUGUAAUGUGGCCCAGUUAUGGACAGACAAAAUAAUCUGGUGAUGAUUAGCAUUUGAAUGCUUUUGAUUGUACUGGGGUUUUCCCUUAAGGGCUCUGGCACACGGGGAGAUUAGUCGCCCGCGACAAAAUCUCCCUUGUCACGGGCAACUAAUCUCCCCGAACUACCAUCCCACCGGCGAAAAUGUAAGUCGCCGGUGGGAUGGCACACGCUGCGCAGGCGAUUUCGGCAAAUCGCGGGCGACUAAUCUCCCCGUGUGCCAGAGCCCUAACAUGCUACAUGUAUGAGUACUUGUAUGAAAACAUACUUGUGUUUGUAUAGGCCAUCUGCAUAGAAUGAAAUAAUCAUUUUCUUCUGAGAGAUCUGGCAGGUGCCACUCACAUAUAUGCAUUUUGUAUGUAUAAUAUAUAUAUAUAUGUGUGUGUGUGUGUUUAUAUAAUUAUAUGGAAACAUGCAGCAUAUAAUUGUUUGCACACAAAGGAAGCUAUGCUCAUGUUCUUUCCUGCAUUUGCAAAUGAAUUGUAAUGUAAUGUUUAAAUGAAAGUAUGAAUUGUCCCUUCCCAAAGCUUAAUCCUUUGAGCAGCUCAUUAUCAGAGGGAUUCUCAGUGGACUGGAAAUUAGCUUUACUUGCUUCACCUGUGCUGACUAGGACCAGGAAAUACUGGUAGAAAUUAAAACUGGUUUCAUUUUUAUGUUUAGUGCCAGAAAUAACAAACAUAUUUUGCCUGUUUUUAUUAAGAAUUAUUUACAGCACAAGUCCUACUCAUUAAGGUCAUGUUAAAAAGUGUGCAUACUGGCCCUUUAAGUAAUAGUAUCAAUGUUUUUAGCUUGAACUUUGACCCCUGAUAGCCACCGGCCCUUUUUUUGAACCAUAUACUAUAUGCAUAAUGUAACUUACCACUUCUAAAAUUCUGCUGUACACUGCAUGAUAUGUACAUGAUAACGUUGAUGGAAGCGCAUAAAAUUAAAAAACAAAGCAAACAUUUGUAUAAGCUAUAAAGCUAGUCAAAAACAAAAAGAACUUUGUGGGAAUAAAAAUAACAAAGAAUUUGUAUGAUAGUUUUCUUUAAUAUACCCUACAUUUUGAAAUAAAAAACUUAAAAUCUAAGAACUUUGCAGUGAUCUGUUUUGCAGCAGCAGCAAUGAUAGCUACAGUUUUGUAGAAAAACCUGAAACUGGAUGGUGCAUAUUUUACAAUGCUCUUGCAAAAAAAAUUCUUAAAUAAGCUAAGAAGUACUUAUAUAGUGUGAGAGAAAAUAUCAAAAUAUCAUUCAUUUUUAUUGGAUUUUGCAAAUUGGUUCUGAUUUAUUUUGCACAAAUUGAAUUUUGUACAUGAUACUGGCCACCCUUCUGUAAGGACACAAGAAUUAGUUGCAGAGCUGCAUGCUGCCUUUACUGCAGUUUCUGCAGGUAUGGGAAAUGUUUGUAUAGGUAACCAGGAAUGCAAAUAAAAUUGUAUUUUCCAUGAGAACAAGUUUUUUAAAUACACAAGUUGCUUUUUCUGAACAUGACAAUGUAACUGACUUGUCUAUUUUUUGUCUUGAGCGCUUUCUUUAGUAUACAUCCACUCUUAAUGUUUAGAUACCCAAGAAUAAAUCUAUUUAAAUGUA